CAUUUUGGCUAACUUCGCUAACGUUAGCCAGUAUAAGUUACUAGCUGGUGGUAUGUAACGUUAGACAAUGCUAACCCAACGUUACCCAUCUGGUCGUACAAUAAUCCGUGCAGUCUGAACGGCAGCCAGUAACUUUACAGACGUUUGACUUCAUGUGGCCGUUAUUACCAGAAAUCGGUAACGGUUGGCGGAGUCAUUGGCAGGAUGGUGAACUCGGAGUUUUAGUCUCCGGUUUCAGGAAAUGCUCCUCGGUAGAGCCCAAGUGCUCAGCAUAAGCUGAAGUCUUCACAGAGGGACAAGGUACGGCAGUUCAUGUCCUUCACACAGGCUGGGGAGAAGACAGCUGUGUACUGCCUCACACAGAAUGACUGGAAACUAGAAGUUGCUACCGACAACUACUUUCAGAAUCCAGAUCUCUACUGUAAGGAAUCCAUGAAAACGUCGGUAGACCGGAAAAAGCUGGAGCAGCUCUACAAUCGCUACAAAGAUCCCCAGGAUGAGAAUAAGAUUGGUAUUGAUGGAAUCCAGCAGUUUUGUGAUGACCUCUCGCUGGAUCCAGCAAGCAUUAGCGUGCUGGUCGUUGCGUGGAAGUUUCGUGCUGCCACUCAGUGCGAGUUCAGCAAGAAGGAGUUUCUGGAUGGAAUGACAGAGUUGGGGUGUGACAGCCCAGAAAAACUGAAGGCCCUUUUGCCAAGAUUAGAGCAGGAGCUCAAAGAUAGUGGGAAGUUCAAGGAUUUCUACCAGUUCACCUUUAACUUUGCCAAAAAUCCCGGGCAGAAGGGUCUAGACUUGGAGAUGGCUGUAGCCUAUUGGAACCUGGUUCUGUCAGGACGAUUUAAGUUCCUCGAUCUUUGGAACAGAUUCCUUUUGGAACACCAUAAACGAUCCAUCCCAAAGGACACAUGGAACCUUUUGUUGGACUUUGGUAACAUGAUUGCAGACGACAUGUCAAACUAUGAUGAGGAAGGAGCAUGGCCAGUCCUUAUAGAUGAUUUUGUGGAAUUCGCUCGACCAAUUGUAACGGGAUCAAAACGUAAAACUCUCUAAAUCCAAUCCCAACUCUGGAUAGCCAGAACCUUGUUUCUGUUACAGUGACUUCAUAGUUUUUUUAAGACUUGUAAAAAAAAAAAAAAAAAAAAAAAAAAAACAAUUGUAGACUUCAGAGAGAAAACAGAAGCACUUGAAACUGUCAGGAAAUCACCUUUCAGGGAGCGGAGUAAAAACUAUGAGAACAUCUGGCCACAUUUUUUUUGUCCUCAUGAGACUGAGGCGUUAAAUGGACAUUGCCGGUUUCACCGUUGUCUCUCCUGUUGGGAUUCUCUGCAUCCUGGACACCCCUCUGCUCUGCUCCAGGAGGAGCACUACCUGUCAGGCCACAGCCCUGUAAGUGGGGAAGGACACAGCACUGAGAGGAGGUUCGCUGGAGGUGUGUACUCUAAAAAAGGGACUGGAGAGGAGAAAACUAUGUGUUUUAAGAUUCUUCCUAGUCAACUUUGUUUUUGUUAUAUGAAGCUCUGAGUGACUGUGCAUAGCUCCCAGGUCUUACUCUAACUUCGGGACAGAGUGCUCACUACACCAGCACCAACAGAACUGUUGCAGUUUUUACUGUACAUACUGUAUCUAUUGGGACAGUUUACAAAGAGAGCUAUAUGAAGAAUAAUAUAAAUAUGUUGAAUUUAUAAAUGCAAAAGAUGAUUCUUUUAUGUACAGUAUAUGCUAACAUCUCUAACGGGAUGCCUCAAUAUCGUGGAUGAUAUGCUGUUGGUUUGUUUGUACGGUGGAUCUGUCAAGUCAUGGAAUUGUGAGCUUCUCAAUGAAGGCAUGUUAAACACAUUCUAAAUCCCCUUGGGCUGGUUUUCACUAAAGUAAAAGCAGUGCUUUAAUUUGAUAACUGAUAUUGGUUGGUGGUUUUCAUUUGUCAGGUUAAUCUUAGUUGGGAAUGGGUGUUGAUUCCUACAUGUGAGGUAGUCUGUCCACAGCACCACGAUUUUGCUUGCAAAAGAUCAUGUCUUUCUAACUGUUGAGGAAAGAGUUUUGUUUUUAUCCCUCUAAAGACAAUGAUGUUAAAGUGACUAUUCAGCAGCAUUUAAGUGAAAUUUAGAGUUCAGAAAUUACAGACCCUUAGGAUUGCAUGGCACAUAUCUGUAUGUCAUGGCAAUGCAACGUUCAGAAGGCAGGACACUAAAGAGGGCAAAAACAGGACGACAAAUUAAGCCUUAAGAAUAAAUAUCUCUGUUCAAUAUUUAUAUUUCUGUUCAAGCCCAUCUGUUCAGUGUUACUGAAGGUAGUGAAAUUUAGAAUAUAUUGUUAAAACAUAAUGUAAGUAGCCUAAGUAUAUUGUUCAUUUAAGAAAGAUGAAUAAAGCAUGAGUUUAUCCGUAAUCAUACAUGCAAAGUUAUUUUGUUGUUGAGUCAGAUGGACAUUUUAUAUCACUUACAGAACAGUAUAGCUGUGUUUCAUAAAGCAGAGCUAUGACUGCCAGAGUGUAAAAAAGAUUUAUAACCAUACUGAUCUGAAAGUGUUAAAGUGUUUAAUAUGACAUCUUUCAGAAUAUUCCUCCAUGUUGUUAAUUGCUAAUAAUGAACUAUUUCUUUUA